UGUGCUUGUUCAAUUCAGGUGCAUACGUAAAGCUAGCAUAGAGACCGGACAUAUGUAAGACAAAGAAUUUUAGAGACAUUUUUAGCAUAGCAAGUGUCAGUCAUGUUGCGGGUGUGUGAGAAACUCCGUGAGGCGGACGAGAGGGGCAGGAGGUACGGACUAGCCCGUGCGGAGACAGGCUACCUCCGUGCCCUGGUGGACGCCAUGGCCGACACGGACAGGCUGGCGGAAGUGGAGCUGCUCAAAACUCUGGGCGACAUGAACUCGGAGAAGGGAAGACUCGGGAAGGAAGCGAGGAAAUUCAACACAGCCUUGGCGCUUUAUCUGGCUGCUAUGGUACGGUGUUACCAUGAAGAACAGGCAGAUGGUAUAGAACACCGCUACCACUACACGGAGAGGCUUUUACAAGGGGUGUCGUCACAGGGUAAGGAACAGCCAACGGAAGACAAGGAGACGACUACACCUGCAAAGGUAGCGGAAAAGUUCCAAGAUCUGGACAAGAGGCGGGCUACCGAAGGUAACACGGACUCUUUGUUGGUUGGAUACGCACAGGUGUUGGUAGAGGCGAUAGAAAAAGACAACGACAUAUUAGAAACAGAAGCGAUCAAGAGUCUGGGUGACGUGUACUUAAAAAGAGGAACAGAAACUGGAGACACUAGCAACUUGACCAGAGCUACUGCUCUGUACAACAGGGCACUGGCGCGGUGUCACAACGUUCAUGGAGCAGUUGUCAUUGUUCACCGCUUACUGCACACAGCAAAAAUCAGACAAGACAUGAUCACCACAAGAAACAAGAGGCCAACGCAUAAGCAACGACAAGACGUGAGAGGACGGAAGAGCCACUUCUCUCCCUUCUCAGCUGCGCCCUCUAGCGACGGAACCACCUGUCAAGUUGACGAUAUAUCCUACCGCAGAUACAUUCAGACGGCAGAAAGUGAUGUAAGAAAUGGAGACCUGGACGCAGCAGAGCAGAACUUUGCAGCCGCACUGAAGCUUGUUCACGAUCACGAUAAGCCCAACAAGGCUAAAGAAGCCGACUGUCUGUGCAGGUUGGGUGACGUCUACGUCGAGCAAGGUAAGCGGACAGGAGAAGGUAGGAAAUUCACACAGGCGGCAGCUCUGUAUAACGCCUCCAUGGCUAGAACAGAUGGAGACAAACAGAACAUGAUCACAAGACUGCAAGAAACAGAAAGGCAGUUCCUUAGAAACACCUGUAACCUUGACUGUGAACCGUGCCCGUAUAGCAGCGCGUUAGAUCACAGAAAGGAACUGGACAACUCGCGCGCCCGUGCAAAAUCUCAGCUCGAAACAAUUCAUCAGGAACACAACCCUUAUCAGUAUGAUGAAGACGAUCCCAUAGUAAGAGAGGUAGAGAUCAAACGAGCAGAAGCAAUCAAGAACUUGUUCAAAAGCAUUGCAGUUGGAAGACAAAGGUUUAUCUAUGUUCUGACAGAUGAAUGCAUUGCCAUUCUUGGACCUCCUCCCUGUAAGUACGCUUUCAUCGGGUUGGGAUCACAGGCCACAGAACUGGUGACGCCGUACUCUGACCUGGAGUUCUCCAUUCUGAUUGAGGAGGGGAAGGAUGAUGAUGAUACACGGAGGUACUUCCUAAAUCUCACACACUACUUACAUCUAAAAGUCAUCAACCUUGGGGAAACCAUCCUCCCAGCCAUGGCCAUCCCGUCACUCAACGACUUUCUCUCAGAAGACCCAGAGAAAGACUGGUUCUUCGACUCCGUCACACCUCGUGGCUUCGCCUUCGACGGCUUCAUGCCAUGGGCUUCUAAAACUCCCUUUGGAAGAGACGAAACCAAAAGCAAACCUCCCGUUAGUCUCAUCCAGACUCCUGCCAGGUUGGCCGAAUAUCAGCAUCUGCACAUCGCCCUGGCGGAAGGCUAUCACCUGUCAGACAUCCUCAGACGGGUGACCUACUUAACAGGAGACGAGUCUUUGGUGGGUGAUUAUAUGGACAGAGUCAACAAAAUCGUAGACCGUUCCCCUGUUCUGUCACGGUUGUCAGCAAUGCUAAUACUGAAGGAUAAUAUUGGGCAAAUAGAAAAUGUUGAACCGACGGGAGAACUUCUGGAUGUGAAGAAAGAAAUCUAUCGUUUUCCCAGCGUGGCUGUUGAUGUGUUGAGUAUUUGCUGUGGUAUUACGAUUCCCAGUGUGUGGGGAAUGAUAGAAGAGUUACACAAGACACAGCAGAUCAGUCAUGAAGAUGCCCACCACUUGACUGUACUGAUCAGCAUCUCAGCGGAGCUACGGUUAAGAACGUACAUUGCCAACGGAGGACAGAAGGACAGACUGUCUCCUCUCACGGAGAUGAAAGUCCAACUGGACAAACAUGACGUAGAUGACACUUUCGUUCAUUCAGCUUUCUACAUACCGGACUCUAAAAUGUUGUUCAGGUACUAUUAUACAGCUAUUCCAUUAAAAAGAUGCAUUACCGAUACAAUCGUAAAUAAAGAUGCAACGACAAAGAUAUUCCCAACAGUAAUCUUUGACACCUCAUUUCAAAUCAGGGGUCAAAUAACACGAGAGCUGUUGCAGUUAGACGCAUCCAUACGUAAUUUUGAGGCAGCACUGGAAGAGGCGGACGGUGACGAGAAAAAACAAUUAGUAAUUCUUUUUGACCUAGGCAAUGUUUGGAGUUACCUUGGCGAUCAGAGGAAAGCUAUUACUUAUCAUGAACAGUCAAUGAAGAUGAGCAAAGCUAUAUAUGGUGAAACAACGCCACAUCCCGACAUUGCUUCAUCACUGAACAACAUUGGUGCAUGUUGGAAUGGAAUCGGUGACCAGAGGAAAGCUAUCAGUUUCUACGAACAGUCACUGAAGAUGAGGAAAGUUAUCUAUGGCGAAACAACGCCACAUCCCGACAUUGCUUUAUCACUAAACAACAUUGGAAUAUGUUGGAGUGGCCUUGGCGAUCAGAGGAAAGCUAUUACUUAUCAUGAACAGUCACUGAAGAUGAGGAAAGCUAUCUAUGGUGAAACAACGCCACAUCCCUCCAUUGCUUCAUCACUUAACAACAUUGGAACAUGUUGGAGUGACCUUGGCGAUCAGAGGAAAGCUAUCAAUUUUUACGAACUCUCAUUGAAGAUGAAGAAAUCUAUCUAUGGUGAAACAACGCCACAUCCCGACAUUGCUUCAUCACUAAACAACAUUGGCGUAUGUUGGAAUGGAAUCGGUGACCAGAGGAAAGCUAUCAGUUUCUACGAACAGUCACUGAAGAUGAUGAAAGUUAUCUAUGGCGAAACAACAGCACAUCCCUCCAUUGCUUUAUCUCUCAACAACAUUGGGGCAUGUUGGAAUGGAAUCGGUGAUCAGAGAAAAGCUAUCAGUUAUCAUGAACAGUCACUGAAGAUGAUGAAAGCUAUCUAUGGCGAAACAACGCCACAUCCCGACAUUGCUUCAUCACUGAACAACAUUGGGGUAUGUUGGAUUGAAACCGGUGAUCAGAGGAAAGCUAUUAGUUAUUUUGAACAGUCAUUGGAUAUGAUGAAAGUUAUUUACGGGGACAGCACAUCUCAUCCAAAAAUAAUAGGAGUAUUAAACAACAUCCUAAUAUGUAAAAAGGCCCUCCGCCAUUAGAGUAAAUCCGUUGGUUAUCGCAAAUCCUUAAGAUUAGUUAACUUAAGAUGAGUUAACUUAAGAUGAGUUAACUUAAGAUUAGUUAACUUAAGAUUAGUUAACUAAGGGAAAACCAUGGUACUUCCCACUGUCUUAUUAAUAUAUAGCUUUGUUGCUCAC